GCCGCCUCUGCGCGCAGCCCCGCGGCCGGGCAUGGGCGGGGGCGCCGGGCCGACACGAUGAGCGCCCUGGGCAGCCCGGUGCGGGCCUACGACUUCCUGCUCAAGUUCCUGCUGGUGGGCGACAGCGACGUGGGCAAGGGCGAGAUCCUGGCGAGCCUGCAGGACGGCGCGGCCGAGUCCCCGUACGGCCACCCGGCGGACGUGGCAGGUUUCUUAUCCUCCCGCAUGUCUGAGUGGAGAGAACUCUGGGGAAGCCCUUGGCACCCACAUUUAGGCUGUCCGUGCCCUCCGACAGGGAUCGACUACAAGACCACCACCAUCCUGCUCGACGGCCGGCGGGUGAAGCUGCAGCUCUGGGAUACGUCGGGGCAGGGAAGAUUUUGUACCAUAUUCCGCUCCUACUCUCGGGGUGCCCAGCCCGCAUGCCAGUGGCACGUCUGUGUGCUGCAUGUGGAGCCUGUGUCCUCCCCGCAGGGUGUGAUCCUGGUCUACGACAUUGCAAACCGCUGGUCUUUUGAUGGCAUCAAUCGAUGGAUUAAGGAGAUUGACGAGCAUGCCCCCGGUGUCCCUAAAAUCCUGGUGGGGAAUCGCCUCCACCUGGCAUUCAAGCGGCAGGUGCCCACGGAGCAGGCCCAGGCCUACGCAGAGCGCCUGGGCGUGACCUUCUUCGAGGUCAGCCCUCUCUGCAACUUCAACGUCACGGAGUCCUUCACGGAGCUGGCCAGGACCGUGCUGCUGCGGCACGGGAUGGACCGGCUCUGGAGGCCCAGCAAAGUGCUGAGCUUGCAAGACCUCUGCUGCCGCGCGGUGGUGUCCUGCACACCCGCACACCUGGUGGACACGCUCCCGCUGCCCCCUGCCUUGCGGAGCCACCUCAAGUCGUUCUGCAUGGCCAAUGGCCUCAGUGCCAGGAUGAUGCACGGCCGCUCCUACUCCCUCACCGCCAGCGCCACCCACAAAAGGAACAGCUUCUGCAAAGGGAAGGUCGUCCGCCCACCCCAGAGUCCACCCAAAAUCUGUACCAGGAACAGCUGCAAAAUUUCUUAAGGAAGGAAACACACCGGAACCUCUCCAGGGAAACUCUGAACAGUCACACCCAGAAGACGGUGAUGCGUUCGGGAUCCAAGAAACAAGUUUUCAACGUC